AUGGCUGGAGGUGCUGCGGGAGGUUUUCUUACUCGGGCAUUUGAAUCAAUGCUCAAAGAAUGUUCGGGGAAAAAGUAUAAUUCUAUUCAGACUGCAAUCCGUUCUUAUCUAGAUACUUCAAAAGCAACCAAUCAAGAGGCAACAUCAAGUAAUAGCAACAAAUCACCUUCAACUAAUGAUAAGAGUGAUGAUGGGACUCCAAGAAGUGAAGUGGAGUCAGAAACAAAUGAUUCAAGUGGAGGCAUCACAAAGACUUUGGCAAAUGCUGGAUGUGCUUUGGAAGGAGCUCAAUUGGAACUUGUUCUUAAUCCACUUCGACUUGCAUUUGAAACCAAGAAUCCAAAACUUAUUGAACUUGCAUUGGAUUGUAUUCAUAAACUCAUUGCUUAUGAUCAUCUAGAAGGUGAUGCUGGUUUAGAAGAUGGAAAAAAUAUUCCAUUGUUUACAGACAUAUUGAACAUGGUGUGUAGUUGUGUUGAUAAUAACUCACCUGAUAGUACAAUUCUUCAAGUCUUGAAAGUGCUACUUACUGCAGUAUCUUCUGCCAAGUUCAGAGUUCAUGGGGAACCAUUGAUGGGAGUAAUUAGAGUGUGCUAUAAUAUUGCUCUUAACAGUAAAAGUCCUGUCAACCAAGCUACAUCCAAGGCUAUGUUAACUCAAAUGAUCAGCAUAGUAUUCAGGCGAAUGGACAACGAUUCAGUGUCUUCAGAUGAUUCACCUAUAAACAAAAAAAGUGAUGCAUUCAUGAGAGUUCAAGAAAGUUUAUCAGUUGAUGAUGAUAGCCAAAUGUUGACUCCAACUGCCAACAGCAAUUCUAUUGCACCCCUUGAAGAGCUUCAGAAUCUUGCUGGUGGAAAUGACAUAAAGGGAUUGGAGGCAGCUCUUGACAAGGCUGUGCAACUUGAAGAUGAUGGAAAGACUAGUGGGGUUGAUUCUGAGAGCAUGAGCAUUGCAGAACGUGAUGCAUUACUUGUUUUUCGCACCCUUUGCAAGAUGAGUAUGAAAGAAGAUAAUGAUGCAUUCACCACAAAGACACGAAUUCUAUCUCUUGAACUUCUACAGGGCUUGUUAGAGGGUGUUAGUUACUCAUUUACUAAGAACUUCACUUUCAUUGACUCGGUCAAAGCUUACUUAUCAUAUGCUUUAUUGAGGGCAUCUUAUGCAGCUGGGAUCUUUUCAGUGCUUUUGUUGAGAUUUAGGGAAGGACUUAAGAUUGAAAUUGGCAUCUUCUUCCCUCUUACUGUUUUGAGACCUUUGGAUAGCUCAGAAUGUCCUUUGAAUCUCAAAUUAAUGGUGAUUCGGAUGCUAGAGAAGAUUUGCAAGGAUCCUCAGUUGCUUAUUGAUUUAUAUGUGAACUAUGAUUGUGAUUUUGAGGCUCCUAAUUCAUUUGAAAGAAUGGUUACAACUCUUUCCAAAAUAGCUCAAGGGACACAAGAUUUGGAUCCUAACAAUGUUAACUCUAUCCAAACUGGAACACUUAAAGGAUCCUCACUUCAGUGCCUUGUGAAUGUGUUGAAAUCACUUGUUGAAUGGGAGAGUUUACGAAGAGAAUCAAAGCAGAAUAAAGACAAAGAUAGACAAUCUGUUCAUGGAGAUGUGACACCUCGUGAUUCAAAAGCAAAAGAUAGCAAUGGAUUAACAAGUAAUUUUGAGAAAGUUAAGGCUCAAAAAUCCACCAUGGAAGCAGCCAUCUCUGAGUUCAACAGACACCCUGCAAGGGGAAUUGGAUUUCUCACAGCAAAUAGGUUAGUGGACAAUACACCUGUUGCAGUUGCACUUUUUCUCAGAAACACAUCCAGUUUGGAUAAGGCUAUGAUUGGUGAUUACUUGGGUCAACAUGAAGACUUUCCUCUUGCUGUAAUGCAUGCUUAUGUUGACUCCAUGAAUUUUUCUGGAAUGAAAUUUCAUACAGCUAUUCGUGAGUUUCUUAAAGGGUUUAGACUUCCUGGAGAAGCACAAAAGAUUGAUCGAAUAAUGGAAAAAUAUGCAGAAAGAUAUUGUGCAGAUAAUCCAGGUCUUUUCAAGUCUGCAGAUACUGCAUAUGUUCUUGCAUAUGCAGUCAUAAUGUUAAACACAGAUGCUCAUAAUCCAAUGGUGUGGCCUAAAAUGUCAAAAUCUGAUUUUGUGCGCAUGAAUGCCACAAAUGACCCUGAAGAAUGUGCUCCAACAUAUCUUCUUGAAGAAAUAUACGAUUCCAUAGUUAAAGAAGAGAUCAAAAUGAAAGACGAAAAUGUUACAAUUGGAAAAAGCAAUAAACAAAAGACAGAAACAGAAGAAAAAGGCGGGGGCAUUGUUGGUAUUUUGAAUUUAGCUCUUCCAAAACUGAGGAAUUUAUCUGAUAAAAGUGAGAGUGAAGGUAUUAUUAGAAAAACACAGGAGAUAUAUAGGAUUCAAGGAGCAAAAAGAGGUGUUUUUUAUACUUCACAAAGGAUUGAGCUUAUAAAGCCUAUGGUUGAAGCUGUAGGGUGGCCUUUACUUGCUACAUUUUCUGUUACAAUGGAGGAAAAGGAAGUUAAGGCACGUGUUGCUCUUUGUAUGGAAGGUUUUAAAGCUGGAAUUUAUAUUACACAUGUGCUUAGAAUGGAUACCAUGCGAUAUGCCUUUUUGACUUCAUUAGUCAGAUUCACUUUCUUACAUGCACCAAGAGAUAUGCUGAGUAAAAACGUUGAAGCAUUAAGAACUCUUUUAGAUUUAUGUGAUUCAGAGCCUGAUACACUUCAAGAUACAUGGAAUGCAGUUCUUGAAUGCAUAUCAAGGCUAGAAUAUACCACAUCUAACCCUGUUAUGACUGCUACUGUUAUGCAUGGAUCUAACCAAAUAUCCAGGGACACAAUUGUCCAUUCACUUAAAGACUUGGCUGGGAAACCAGCUGAGCAAGUUUUUUUAAACAGUGUUCAACUCCCUAGUGAAUCUGUGGUGGAAUUUUUUUCUGCUUUAUGUAACAUUUCAGCUGAAGAAUUGAAGCAGACUCCACCUCGUAUUUAUAGCUUGCAGAAACUUGUGGAGAUUAGUUACUACAAUAUGGCUCGUAUUCGCAUGGUAUGGGCUAGAAUAUGGUAUAUCCUUUCUAACCAUUUUAUUGCUGCUGGAAGUCAUCAUGAUGAGAAAAUUGCAAUGUAUGCCAUUGAUUCUUUAAGACAACUUGGGAUAAAAUAUUUGGAACGUGAAGAACUUGCUAAUUUCACAUUCCAAAAUGAUAUCUUGAAACCUUUUGUUAUUUUAAUGCGAAUCACUCGAGCUGAAUCAAUCAGGAGAUUGAUUGUCGAUUGCAUUGUUCAGAUGACAAAAUUAAAAGUUGGAAGCAUUAAAUCUGGCUGGAGAAGUGUGUUUAUGGUUUUUACAGCUGCUGCUAGUGAUGAGCUGGAAUCAAUUGUUGAAAGUGCUUUUGAGAAUGUAGAACAAGUUAUAUUGGAGCACUUUGAUCAAGUUGUUGGUGAUUGUUUUAUGGAUUGUGUCAAUUGCUUAAUUAGUUUUGCAAAUAGUAAAAGUUCUCAUCGAAUCAGUUUGAAAGCAAUUGCACUUCUUCGUAUAUGUGAGGAUCGACUUGCAGAGGGACUCAUACCAGGUGGAAAGUUAAAACCAAUUCAUACAAAUAUGGAUACAAAUUAUGAUAUCACUGAGCAUUAUUGGUUCCCAAUGUUGGCUGGUUUAUCUGACCUAACAUCUGACCCUAGACAUGAGGUCAGCAAAUGUGCACUUGAGGUUUUGUUUGAUUUGUUGAAUGAAAGAGGAAGCCAUUUUACUCCAACAUUUUGGGAAAGUAUUUUCCACCGAGUUCUUUUUCCUAUUUUUGAUCAUGUGAGACAUGCUGGAAAAGAAUCUCCAGGCUUUAAGAAAGAUGGGUGGCUUCGUGAAACUAGUGUUCAUUCUCUUCAGUUGUUGUGUAACCUUUUCAACACAUUUUAUAAGGAGGUGUGUUUCAUGCUAUCUCCACUGCUAAAUCUACUAGUAGAUUGUGCGAAAAAGACGGAUCAAUCCGUGGUUUCAAUAUCACUUGGAGCACUUGUUCAUCUUAUAGAAGUUGGAGGACACCAAUUCAUUGGUGCUGAUUGGGAUACCUUGUUGAAGAGCAUAAGGGAUGCUUCUUACACCACUCAACCCCUUGAGCUUCUCAAUGCUUUGAGCCUUGAAAGUACAAAGAGUCAUUCGAUUGUGGAUGGAGGUUUGAAAGUUCAAUCAGAAAGUAGUAGUAGUCCUUCUCUUAUGUCUCCUUCUACUAGUGAUAAAAAUUUAUUAAUGGUGGGAAAAGAUCAUCAAGAUGACAGACCAUCAACAGAUCCACAAGAAUCAGAAGGUCAAAGUCAAACUCCUUCAUCCAAAAAUGUUGAGAAAUCUCCUCAAAGAGCAAGUUUACAAAGGACUCGAACAGUAGGUCAAAGAUUAAUGGGAAACAUGAAGGAUAGUCUUCUUGUUAGAAGUUUCACUUCUAAACCUAAAAACCAGAUUUUGGAUGCCCUAAUUCCACCUUCCCCAUCUAAGGCUCAUGAAGAGGAGAAUGAAUUUGAUGAAGAAAGUCCAUUUAUGGGAACAAUAAGAAGCAAAUGCAUAACUCAAUUGCUACUAUUAGGAGCCCUUGAUAUCAUUCAGAAAAAAUACUGGAGCAAAUUGAAGGGUGAUCAAAAGAUUACAAUUCUUGAAAUUUUAUUCUCCAUGUUAGACUUUGCAGCAUCCUAUAAUUCCUACAAUAACCUCAGGUUACGAAUGCAACAUGUUCCUCCCGAAAGAGUGAUCAAAGAUUGGUAUAGUGAUGGGAGGAGGGAUUCAGAUGCUAUUCAGAAGACAAUCGACUUAAUCAUUCUGACUCAAACUAGUUUAUCUUCAUUCAGGCCUCCAUUAAACCUCCUUCGCCAAGAAUUAACAGGAACUUCCAUUUACUUAGAUGCGCUACAAAAGACAGCUUCUGUAACAUCACCACAUCAUGAUCAUCAUCAUGAUGAUCAUGAUCAUGAUGAUGAUAGGGUUAAAGUCGAUGCAGAAGAAAAGCUCGCGUCGUUUUGUGGACAAGUGCUGAAAGAAGCUUCUGAUUUUCAAUCGAGUAUUGGAGAUGCUAAUAAUAUGGAGAUUCAUCAAGUUCUUGAACUUCGUUCGCCUAUUGUUGUUAAGGUGCUUAAGGGUAUGUGCUCAAUGGACAACAAGAUAUUCAGGAGACACCUUGAAAGCUUCUACCCUUUGAUCACUAAGCUCGUAUGCUGUGACCAGAUGGAUGUUCGUUGCGCUUUAGCUGAUCUUUUCAGUAUGCAAUUACAUGGAUUGAUCCAGUAA